GCAUGCUCAAUAAAUGUGCAUAAUCUGAUAUGUUUUAAAGUGCCUCGAAAAUCUUGCCAAAGUCAGAUCCCUGUUCUAGGAGUGGGAGUCAAUCCCAAUUUGACUGUCACCCCAUAAUUUCCUAUAAUCUCUGUACUGCCUCUCUGAAUAAAUAAAGUGACAAACGCCCACACCCCCCCAAAUUUUUUUUAAAUUGCACAAUGUCCCUCUAGGCUGUCAGGGUAAUUCUGAAGAAGAGCCAAGUUACUUUCAUUUUGGACAAGUUUGACUGCCUUGUAAAAAAGGAGAGGUGAGUUUGUAUUAACUAACCCCUUGUCAAGAGAGUGAGUGAACAUGAAACAUCUGGAGAAGUCUUUUUAAAGUUUUGAUCAACUAAAAAAAUUGUUUUGCUGUCGUGAUUAGUCAGAGCACUAUUUAACGCUGUUUAUACUUAAUGUUAUAUAUAAUCAUGAUUCACAGUUUCCCACUUUGUACAGCAAAAAAGCCAGUAAGACAUACAAAAGCUGAUCAUGAUAUAAAGCUGAAUUCAAAAUUUUUGCAAUCAGUGUCCUUGUACAUUUUAGUCCGACUGAUUAAUUGAGGGCUCUGGCUUCAUCUUAAUUUGUUGUCUCAAGGCUCACCGGGCCUGUAAUUGUCAAUUUAAUUUCACAGUGACAUUUAACUAAAUUUUUUGGUCUUAUUUGCAGGUGUAGGUCAUUGGUAUGAAAUGUGUUUUUUCUGAGCCAGUCGGGCAGACCUGUUCUCUGUCACUGCCAGCACUGAACUCUGAAGUUGAGAGUAAUUGGGGACCUUUCAAACAUGAGGUCAUUAGCAGUGGAGAUAUACUACACCUAGAAUCAAAAUGAAAACAUUUCUGUUGAUAUUCAUGCUGGAAGUUUAUAAUUAAAGCUCGAAAGGCUAAUGAGUUGGAUUAUUAAGGCAUGUUGAAGGAAUGUGCCUCUAAUGGAAAAUAGAAACAUGUGAACUGCUUUGCUUUCUCACUCUUUCAUGCAGUUAUUUUCUGAUCAUCUCUCUAUUAAUAUACCCCUUAAUGUUUAUUUCCCCUCAUGCACUCAUUAGCAAUGAAAACUUGUGCACAUUUUUACUUGCAGAUCUUGGACAGAGGAGCAAUGUAUGUGUGUGUAUGUUCUAUCAGGGAUUCCAGAAAGAGCCAGAUUUUGAGACCAGCAACUCACAUAUUAUCCUUGGAGAUGGCCAUUGUCGCCAGGACAUCGAAGCCAGGGCCGUAGUCUCAAAGCAUGCUGGGAGUUGCAUGCAUUCCACUGUGUCCACGUCAUUUUGGGAGCUGUGGAGACAUAAAUUGACAGUGUAAUUCCAGUGCCUGAGGGUUUCUUCCAAAUGCAGAUGACCAGUCAGGAUCCAGUCUGGCAUGAAGUAAUGAUCUGGAGUGCUGCUAAGCCACGGCGGUGUCUGGACUGUAGUCGAGGGGAGUGGAGAUUCAUCUGAUGGAGAAUACACAGGAGCUGAAUGAACAGAGCGUGAAGAAAUCUACCACAGAUUCCCAUGCUCCAGACCCAGUAGACAACAGGGCUUUGGAGAUGCAGGAUCUAACAGACCCCCAGCACUCUGUUAACAGUGGCAGUGACAGCACGUCCAAACUGGACAAAAACAUCCUCAGCAACAACAUCACAACCAAUGGAACCGGAGUUAAGUCUGAGCCUCUGAACAGCAGUGAGGCUGUGAGCUCGGCGGGAGACACUGGGUUGGACACUUACACUGGGUCAGUUAUAAGCAGUGGAUUCAGCCCUCGGCCAGCUCACCAGUAUUCACCUCCUCUCUAUCCCUCAAAACCUUACCCCCAUAUCCUGUCUACUCCCGUGGCUCCUCCCAUGUCGGCCUUUACAGGCCAAUCACAGUUCACUAGCAUGCAGCAGUCGACAGUUUACACUCCCUACUCUCAAACUACUCCACCCUACAGCCUCUCCACCUAUGAUUUGGGGGUGAUGUUGCCAGGCAUAAAGACGGAAGGAGGGCUGACACAAACCCAAUCAACCCUCCAAUCAGGGCUCAGUUAUAGCCCUGGAUUUACCACCCCUCAGCCCGGACAGACAGCCUACUCACCCUAUCAGAUGCCAGGUUCAGGUUUCACGACCUCCCCUGGUCUCUACACAUCCAACAACUCCAAUCAUGGCAACUUCACCACACAACAGCAAGAAUAUCCCACCUAUACAACUUUUGGGCAGAAUCAGUAUGCUCAGUAUUACUCCACCUCCUCCUACGGUUCCUACAUGACAUCUAACAGCUCAUUGGAUGGCACAGGUUCAAUCUCCACCUAUCAGCUGCAAGACUCCACCCCCAUCAUGACAGGACAAUCGGCUGACCUGAAUCCAGGUGAGUUUGAAGCAGGGCAGAGCCCAUCCACGCCGAUCAAGGAGAUGGAGGACCGGGCGUGCCGAGGGGGUGGGGCUAAAGCAAGAGGGCGGGGCAGAAAGAACAACCCCUCCCCACCACCUGACAGUGAUCUUGAGAGAGUGUUUGUUUGGGAUCUGGAUGAGACGAUUAUUGUGUUUCACUCACUCCUCACAGGCUCCUAUGCACAGAAGUAUGGCAAGGACCCUCCUUUGGCUGUGACUCUUGGUUUAAGAAUGGAGGAGAUGAUCUUCAAUCUUGCUGAUACACAUCUAUUUUUUAAUGAUUUAGAGGAGUGUGACCAGGUGCACAUUGAUGACGCCUCUUCAGAUGAUAACGGACAGGACCUCAGUACUUACAGUUUUGCCACUGAUGGCUUCCAUGCAGCUGCAACAAGCGCAAGUCUCUGCCUAGCAACAGGUGUUAGGGGUGGAGUCGACUGGAUGAGGAAGUUAGCUUUCCGAUACAGAAGAGUCAAAGAGUUGUACUGCUCUUACAAAAACAAUGUGGGAGGGUUGCUGGGGCCGGCUAAGAGGGAGGCGUGGCUCCAACUGAGGGCAGAAGUUGAGGCUCUCACAGACUCCUGGCUGACCAGUGCGCUCAAGUCCCUGUCAAUCAUCAGCUCAAGGAGUAACUGUGUUAAUGUCUUGGUGACAACAACACAGUUAAUACCUGCGCUGGCUAAGGUGCUGUUGUAUAGCCUGGGCUCAGCGUUUCCUAUCGAAAACAUUUACAGCGCAACCAAAAUAGGCAAAGAGAGUUGCUUUGAGCGCAUAAUGCAGAGGUUUGGCAGGAAGGUAGUGUAUGUUGUAAUUGGGGAUGGUGUAGAAGAGGAGCAGGCCGCUGCCAAGCACAACAUGCCCUUCUGGAGGAUAUCCAGCCACUCUGACCUGCUUGCCCUCCAUCAAGCACUGGAAUUCGAGUACCUGUAACACUCGAUACCUGUAUCAUAGGCCUUUUUUUGUACAACUAUUUAAAAAGAAGAGUACACUGCAAUCUCUUUUUAUGUUGUUGUUGUUUUUUGAUUAUUUUUAAAGAAAACUCUGGCUUUUAAGAUAUUUCUGCACUGUCUUAAGAAGACUAGGACAGACUAGAACAAGGGAAAAUGGGAUUAUAAUGGUCAAACCAGGCUUGUAAAGAGCUUACUAAGGUCUUACGUCACACACACUGCAUUUCAUGUCUGAAUGAGGUGAGUUCUUCGCCCUGAAACCACAUGUAUCCUCACUCAUCUACAGGAAUUAGAUUAUCUCUGUCUAUACAGUAGAAUUCAUCUCCACUUAAACAACUCAAGCGCUGUACUCUAAUCAAGGAUCAUUUAGAAUAGACACAUAACAUGUAAAUUAUUUUACAGUAACUAGAUUAAACACUAAAGGACGCUGUGUGUUUUCACAUGGUAUUGUUUUGAUUUUGUGUUUUUUGUAAGUUUUUGGCAAAAAAAAAAAAGUCUGUAUAAUUUGUUGUGCCUUAUAAGAUGUUUUGUGUGUCAGUUUUUAUUUUGAGAAUGUAUGUAGAUAAAAAAUGUAAACAUUUGUGAUUUUCUUGAGUUCUCUAUUUUCUAAUGUUUAAAAAAUAUAUUUAAUCUGCUGUCAAUACUGGUGCAUCUGUAGAAAUCCGAAUAUUUUCUUUUUUUAUUUGUGAGGAAACAUUUGUUUGUACUUUGGUUGAAGUCAUUACAGCUGGAAAGAACAGCGAAAUAAAAGUCCAGCAUCAGAAGAAAAAAAAAACCCUUUAAUAAAGCUGUAGUUCCAUCCUGACUGACCCACUAGUUGCAAAGUAGUAAGCAGGCGUAGUGCUGAGUAUCUUACUCAGGGAAUGCACCUCCUGUUUUUACUUAAUGACAAACAUUUAUGGAAAAUGAGUAUAGAUAUUAUAGGUAAACUGCAUGUCAUGAACACAAGACGACUCUGGGCUUGCGUUCACUUAAUGUUCAAAAGCUUCUUUUGUGUGUGUGUACCAAAUUAAAAAAAAAAAAAAAAGGAAAAUUAUACAUUUUAGUUCUGGUUCAUUUAGCUUUCACACUCAUUUUUAACCCAAUACUUAGACAUAAAACAAGACGAGGAGGUCACACACUCAUUGGCCAGAUAUAAGGAGGUAUAUCUUGCAAACUUGCUGAACAUCCAAAAUGCCAUGACUGGGCUAAAAGCGCUUGUGUACUUAACAAUGGGAUUUUUCUUUACCAGCUUAUAAUUUAAGAGCUUAUAAAAUGUGUCAAAAUGGUGCCAGGAAUUCCUCCGUUGCACACACGGAGAUCUGUAAAUAGACGGCGAUUCCAACACCUAGACUGAACUAUCAACAUGGGUUUACGAGGAGAAAAACCAGGUAUGCUGGAGCCUGUUGGUUUUAGGGUCUUAAUACGGCACAUUCUGUUUUUGGUUCAAUUGGAUGUCUUUGGUCCAUGCUGCAUUUAAAUCAGUCAAACCACACUAGAGUUGUCUGCACCCGUUUCAGGUGGCAGCGUUGAUGCUUAUUCAAAUGAACCGCACCACACCUGGUUAGUGUAAACACACCCUAACACUCCACAAAGUCCACAAUAAAAUGCUGGACAAGUGUUCACUCCGUACCAACUAGGUUUAAGAAAGACAAAACUACCAUUUCUGAAUUAAACUCAGAACUUGCAUGGAUUGCUACAACUUCAAUACAGUU